CGGCGGCGAAUAUUCAAGCCUGCGAUUUUACUGGUGGAAAAUGAAACGAUGGAUGAGCGAGUUGGGUAAAGAGACGGACAUCAUGGAUCCGGCCGAGGCCGGCCGGCAGUGUGCGUUCUACGAUGAACUGGACGCUAUAUUUAAACAAAGGGAUAAGUUUGCGUCUCAGAUGACAGUGGAAGGAGAGCAGGGCCAGCGGAGGAUGCUCUCUGGCAACGGUACAAUUAUGGUUGGAUCGGAGGAGGAGAGUGAGGACGACACGGAGGAGGAGGCCGACACGGAGGAAGAGCGGAAACAGAGGAAGAAGAAGCGGAAGAGGAUGACGAUCGAAAACUCGAAAGCGCUUGUGAUGCAAGAAGUGCUGGCCGAUUUCUUCCACCGACAACAGAAAUUGGAGGAGACAUGGCGGCAGGAUCUUGAGCGGAGAGAGCAAGCGAGGAGGGUGAAGGAAGAGGAAUGGAGGGAGGCAAUGCAGAGGUUGGAAGAGGAGAGACUGGGUAGAGAGAGAGAGUGGCGGGAGAGGGAGGAGAUGCGCCGUGCACAAGAGGAUGCUCGCGCCGAAAAGAGAGAUCAGCUCUUUGCUGCUCUAAUCGCGAAGCUCACGCAGGGAUUGUAGAGCGGUUCACGAAUAUGAAGCGAAAGGGGUCAGUAGCAGCGGCAGAGACAGCCGGACAGCAAGCGCAGCUGCGGUUGCUGGGCAGCGGACAGCAACGAAUGCGUCGGAAGGAGGCAUGCCGCACGUGUGGGGCAGUUCUUAUGCCGAUUCUAGUGAUGCGAGAUCCGGGCUGGGGAGGCUGCUCUCAUUGCGAAGCGCAAUUCUGACUCUUAAGUCCAAUCAAUCCAUAGCGAAAGAGGAACAUUGGCAAGCAUAGCAGCAGUAAUGGUGGUGGCAGUGGGGGCCAUUGCAGGGAGAUGCGAGUGCCAAAAGGUGUGGGUGAUUGGAUGCGGAGCGGGGCAUUGGCAGGGACACAGGUGGCAGCGACAAUGUGUCAUCCAACCAGUGUGCAGGAAGACCGCAUCCGCUGAACACCCCCCUCCAGGAAACUUUCUGCAGACCCAGAUAUGCUAGUGCUGUUUUUGGUGUACAUUUCUUCUGUGUAUUUGGAAUUCGAUAUUCUCCGUGGUGAUGGCGCUCUGCUUCUUUGCGACAGAGGUGAGGGGGGUGGACAGGAGUGCCGAUGAUACGGAUAACCAGGAGUGGGAGGGUGAGAGGGAAUUGGGGCAAGGGCAGAGGGGGGGGGGGGGGGGGGGGGGGGGGGGGGGGGGGGGGGGGGGGGGGGGGGGGGGGGGGGGGGGGGGGGGGGGGGGGGGGGGGGGGGGGGGGGGGGGGGAGGGAUGAAGGCAGAUGGCUGGGCAGAAGCAUCCACUCCAGCUGAAGAUGUUGGACAGAUUUGAGGUGAGCUACACUUUUUUUUUUUGUAUGCGGCUGCUCUGCAUUUCAGAUAGGCACAUAAUUUGGCAGAGGAAGCAACAAUUCAACCCAUUGGUUUUUCUUUCUCUGUUUUUUUUUUUUUUUGUCUUUGUUCCCUCUUCUUAAGGAUAUCAGCCCACGGUAUCGAUGAGUACGAUGGCAGUGAUAGGUCUCCCGAACUGCCCCCCUACCUACUGGUAGUGGCUCAUCAAGCUGGUUGGAAUGCGCUCAUGCGCUUUGUGGUUCUUCAGAGCGCAGAGUGUGCGAGGUUUCCUCCCUACUGCCGGCCGGUAUUCAAAGAGCUGGCAGGGAGAAGUGGACAGGGGGUAGAAGAGAGACUGGGAGAGGAGUGUGGCGAGAAGGUGUAAGACUUGUGUACUUGGAGGCGGGAGAUGUGUGUGUGUGUGUGUGUGUGUGGUGGGUGGGGGGGAAAGGGAGAGGUGUGUGUAAGUCAGGGCGAAAUUGGGGUCGGAAGGUGUGGGGACCGCAUUGAAGGGGUGAUUGAGAACCCUCUUUUCUGUAUAUUCUUUUGAGUAAUUGGUUUUUUGCUCCGUGACAAUCAAAUUCACUAGCCUUUGCCUCGGGUGGCAGCUAACGCGUCCAAGAGGUGGUCUUGUGUUCUUUUACCUCCUUCCCUCCCUCUCUGUCAGUCUGUCACUCCGUUGGUCAGUCUGUCUGUCUGUCUCUCUCAGACACUUGUACUUAAGUCGUAGCACGAAUACACUCGCUUUUUUUUUUUUUUUUUAAUCUGCUUGCGCUUUGGGCAGGAUGGGUAGCUGUCAUGGUUCGAACUUUUGGGAUAUUGAAAGAUGGAAGGUAGGAAGAGGGACUGUUAUGCCGGACAUAAGAGCAACCAGUUCUAUGCUUCACGUGCAGUAUGCGGAAGGAGCAGACCGGACAAAUAAAAUGGUGCAGAAAGA